AUGCACGCUAUGGACGUCGGAGCGCUGGUUGUGAUGGACUUUCAUAAGCUCGACGUGGAUAAGAGCAAGAAGAUUCAUCUGGAAGAAUUGUAUUACUCGCCUAAGAGUAACGCGAUAGCCGGUAUCGUGAGCGAAAGAGAUUAUUUGAGAGCGGUGGCGACGAAUAAAGUCACAGACUUGACGACGGUGAGAGAGAUUAUGACACCAGCGGAGGACGAAUCGACGGGAGAGAAACGACUCAUUUCAGUGGAACCGUAUUGUUCUGUUUUAGCUGCGAUGCAAGCGAUGACAAGUGGUCAUUUCAGACACAUUCCAGUCAUCAAUACCGAGUCGCAGACGUUGGAAGGCAUCGUUUCGUUGGGCGACGUGGUGAAGGCGUUGAUUGCGGAACAGGACGAAGAGAUUGACGUCUUGGAAGAUUACAUCACGAGUGGCGGUAAAUAA